AUGGCUGAUGGCUCAAUAAAUCUCCCAGAAAAGUACAACUUGUUGGACAAGUUCUUUAAUAGUUUGGAUAGUUCAAUUCUGACUGCUUCGGUUAAAGGGAUCUAUGCCAACAUCAUUACAAAUAUUAGCCCCAAGAUAGAGUAUUUAACUGAUAGGAGGUUUACUUAUAAUCAUCUAGCUCAACUGAAGUUCAUUUUGCCUGAGGCUAUUGAGGUAAAGAAAGUUCUUACCCAUGACGAGCAAACCAGUUGUAUGAAGCCUGACCUUCAUGUUUCACUGAAUGCCAAUGCGCUUGAGGAUGAUGGGAAGCUGAGAUCAGAAAGUGUGAACUCGUGGUUGAGAAAAGUCUUUUGGUCUCGGCUUUUGCAUUUCUCUGUAGCCCAUCCUGAGGGGGAUGAAGUUCCUAGGGGAACGCUGCCACAUCCAUUCAAUCAGUUAAAGCAAGAUACACAUAAGAACAAAAUCAAAGCCACCAAGUCAUCCUUGGCGUGUGAGAUUUCAAGUGAUGCUCUUUUAGAACAGCAACCAGCAGCAGCAGCAGGCCAUCUGUCUCAAUCUUUCCGAUGGCACUUCUCGCAGCAAGGCUUAAACCAAGAAGCAGUGAACACUACUCAAAUGCCAUCAAUAGUUUCUCUCAGAUCUUCAGUCCUUCCAGUUUCUGAUCCUUACUUUGAUGAAUGUUCCUCUAGAAAGGAAAUUAGUGCGGCUGCUACUCCAUUCUUUCCUAAAUCCUCUUCAAAGCAAAUAGCAGAUGAAGAAUGGAUAAAACCUGGGGCUUCUGCUACCUGUCUACCACCAUCUCAUACCGCCACAACUCCAGUUAAAAAAAUAGAUUCCACAAUGACUGAAGAUUAUUUGCCCAUGGGAACUGUGAGCAUCGAAGGAACUCCUGCAAAACUCAUCUCAACACCAGCAAAGCUGAUGAGUGUGACACCAGGAUUGCAACCACCAAAGAGGUGUUGCAUGAGCCCAGAUGAUGAUUCAACCAGGUCACCAAACAUAUUAGCCAGGCGUCCACCUCGUAACAGGUCUUUGAAAUUUGACACUCCUGUGAAGAGUGCAAGUUUGAGGAUGAAGUCAAUGAUAGUCGAAGUAUAUCGGUAGACAGUGACAUUUUUGACAUUCUUCCUGACAGUCUUCUCGAAUCG